UUUAAAACCUCCACCUAGAAGAAGUGGGAGAAUGGGGGCAGGAGCACUCACCAUCUGUCACAACAAGGCAGCGGUGCAGAUCAGGAUCAGGGAGGACAUGAAGAGAAUGGCGCAGCUGCCCAUGCUGAAAAACCUGCCGACCCUCAACACCUCGGGGGACAAGACAGGUCAGAGGGCAUUUGGUGUUUCCCUGAUUGAACUGAGCGAUCAAGGAUUGGUAAAUGACGGCGUGCCCUCGGUCCUGAGAGGCAUGGUGGAGUACCUGAGACAGCAUGGGUUGCAGCAGGAGGGUCUGUUCCGUGUGAACGCCAGUGUGCGAGCAGUGGAGAGUUUGAAGCAGAGGUUGGACAGUGGAGAGGAGCUGGAUUUUGAGAAGGAGGCCGAGGUGUGCACUGCAGCUGGGCUGCUGAAGCAAUACCUGAGAGAGCUGCCAGAGGGCCUCAUCCACUCCUCCAUCCACAGCAAACUCAUUAAGCUCCAUUAUGAUUGUAAUGAGGACGACUUUAGCAGGAAUGUGCAGAAGCUCCUGCUGCAGUUGCCGCCUGUUCACUACAGUGUCCUGUGCUACCUGUGCCACUUCCUUACUGAGGUUGAACAACAGCAGUGCCACAACCGCAUGACUGCUCUCAACCUGGCAACCGUGUUUGGGCCCAAUGUUUUCCAUGUGUCCCCCGGGUUUGAAGGCAUUCAGGAGCAGAACGUCUGUAAUAAGAUCAUGUCCAAGCUGAUUCAGAACUACAGAGAUAUCUUCACAGAGCCAAACGGGGGAGAGACGCCGCCCAAUUACAAGCCUGCAAAUAUCAUCGUGGUCAAAGAGGCCCACAUGGACACAGCACACACAGAGAUGUUGCCAUGCUCUUCGACUACAACAGUACCCGCUCCAGUUCCCAGAAAGAAAAAGGCAACACGGAGCAGUAUAGCAGAAAGCGGAACGACGUAUGUGGAGGAAAACGUCUCACCGAGAGAAACAGUGCUGAGCUCAGAAACCCCUGUGGCAACACCGAGAAAAAAGAAGGUAAAGAAGGUAGCGGAUGAUGUGACGCUGAGAUCUGUUCCCCAGCCCGUUCCAUCUACAGGUCUCCCCUUUUCCAGACAUUUAUCUCGACCUGCAGGACAGAGUCGUAUCUCUGGUGCUGAAACUGCCAGAGAAGGAAGGAGCAUCGGCUCUGCAGCGGACAGCACUGACCUGAGUCCUCCUGCUCUCAGCCCCAUCAAGAGCAUGGAUACUGUGUGCAGCUCCAGUGAAAAGGAGAGAUCCGUUUCUCCGUUCUACGUUAGAUCCCAUCUUUCUCCUGGUCGUUACACACCUGAUUUAACCCAUUAUCUGGAGAGUACGAUUCGCUCGGCGGUAGAGCAGCACCUCUUUGAAGCAGCACCUCUUGCACACAUGCAGCCGGGUCAGAGUUUACAGAUGGUCUCAGAGUCAGGCGGUCAGUCUCCGUCUCCCGCGACGACGGCCCGUCAGAGGAGACGACAACAACGACAACAGGAGGAGAACCCAGACAGAUGCAGGAGUGUCACUGAUAAGGAGAAUAUUCCAUCUCGUGGACUGAACAGCAUCGGUACCAUUAGCACCAGUGAGGAGAGCGGGAGAAGACUGGCUGGUCCUGAGGAACUCUGUAGGACCAGAAAGCCCAAACCCAGUCCCACAUUCAGCCAAGACUCACACAAUCAAGACUCACACACUCACAAUGGCUCAUCUGAUCUGCAUGACAAACACAUGGCCAGCAGUGUGGAGCGUACUGAUAACAGGGAUGUUCAAAAAACUAAGGAACUAAGUCGUCCCAAGACGCCUAAAAUGAAGAUCCAGGAGGCCAUCAGCGGCUCGGAGACCUCGGACAGCUGCGAGGACGUACCCAGACUCGACCUGUCCACUCUAACGGAGGACAGCAACUGGGGAGAACCAGUGCGAGCGUACUCGUCGUGGCAGCGGGAGAGCAUGGACAGUGACGAAGCUUACCUCUCACCUCACGCCGGAGGCAAAAUGAUCCGUCAGCUGCUGCAGGAAGAUUCGGACCCCAUGCCCUCGCCACGUUUUUAUGCGUACGGCAACUCCCAGCAAUACCUGGAUGACACAGAGGUGCCUCCCUCACCGCCCAACACUCACUCAUUCAUCAGCCGGCGGCGGAGUUCUUCGCUGGGUUCCUGCGAUAACGAGUGUGAGGAGCUCAGUUCAACACAGCUUUCCAAAAAGGUUCACAACCUCAAGAAGAAGAUCAGGAAAUUUGAGGAGAGGUUUGAGGAGGAGCGCAAAUACAGGCCUUCACACAGCGAUAAAGCCGCUAACCCAGAGGUCCUGAGGUGGAUGAAUGAGUUGGCGAAGCUCCGCAAAGACCUCAAAGAGCACCAUUUGCUGAAAUCGGAAGAGGAUCUGGCUCCUUUGCCCCGACAGCGCAGCAACACGCUGCCCAAGAGCUUCGGCUCCCAGCUGGAGAAAAAAAGCAGCGAGCCCAAAGCGCCGAAACCUUCUGUGGAGAGCACGCUGGAGUCAGUGAUGAACAAACUUAAGGAGAAACGCACGGAGGCCUGCCGACCCGAGGACAUCAAGGACAUGACCCGAGAGCAGAUCGGUGCUGAGAAAGUAGCUCUGCAGAAAGCGCUGCUGCAUUACGAGGGCAUUCAUGGCAGACCGAUCACGAAGACUGAACGACAGCUCAUGAAGCCUCUGUAUGACAGGUAUCGUCUUGUCAAACAGAUCCUUUGCAGAGCGUCCACCAUCCCCGUCAUCGGCUCUCCCUCCAGCAAGCGCAGAGGUCCUCAGCUGCAGCCCAUUAUCGAGGGGGAACCCGCUCUCUUCUUCGAUCACAGCAAGGAGGAAGAGGACGGCUCAGACGAAGACAAUGACAACAGGACACAGUUCACACAGUUGACUGUACAUCCGGAACUGAGCAUGCUGGAGUUUCUGGACCAUCUGGAUGAAGAAAUGGAUGGAUUCAUAUCGCCUGUAGAUGAGUUGCCACCCUCAAAGAACAGCACAGAUAUGGGACUGUCCAACCUCCAUUCUGCUACCAUGCAGGAACUGGUGGAGCAGCUGCAUGAGGCUCGAGAGGAAAAGAAACGAAUCCGCAAGAACCUGCGGGAAUUUGAGGACCAGUUCUUUAGACAGAACGGCAGGACGGUGCAGAAGGAAGAUCGCUCACCGUUAGCAGUGGAAUAUAACGAGUACAAGCACAUCAAAGCCAAGCUGAGGCUGCUGGAAGUUCUCAUCAGUAAAAGAGACUCGUCCAAGUUCAUCUAGCGACCUGAAGCUGAGAGCACAAGGACAGAAAGACAGUGCUAAUGCUAACGUCCAGGCUAAGCUACAGAGAAAUCCCUGCUGUCAAACUGGAAGAAUCACCAGACGGGGUGAUUUUCUCUCUCGGCCCAUCUGUGGCUCACAGGCGGUGGAGUGAAGAGGAAGCCAAGACGUGGAUCUGUGUAACAUGCUCCACUGACCCCCUCCCUCGGUCAGACUCAUACAGGCUACACGUCCUUCUGUCCGACUCGGAACACGCCAUGGAUCCUGAGCGGCGUUUCCUACCAACAUACAGACUGUAAAAUAAUUCGUACACCCCCCACCUCUGUUUAAAAAAACAAAAACGAGGAUUAUACGUUAGUGGGCAGUGGUACCCUAGUGGUUAAGGUACUGAACAAGCGACCAUAGGGUUGCUGGAUCAAACCCCACCACCGCCAAGCUGCCACUUUUGGGCUCCCGAGCGAGGCCCUUAACCCUUAAUUGCUUGCACUGUAUCAGUCAAUUGUAAGUCGCUUUGGAUAAAAGCAGCCGCUAAAUGCUAUAAAUGUAAAUAUAGUGUACCUGUACAUUGUCCAUCUAGCUUUGAUUUAAAACAACAGAAGCUGAACGUUUCCAAGCUGCUCGACUUCAUUCGGACCGAGUGGAAGAAUCGGUGAGAUUUUAUUUCGAUUUUAUUUCGACAGGACUGUUUGGAUAUCAGAAGAAAGGAUUGAGCUACAUUGUAGAGUGAAGCCUCAGUGUAAACUAGCAUCUACAAGCUGCACGCAAAUCACAACUUCAGGGAAAUUUCUGCUGUCUAAUCGUACAUUUUAUUAUGAUGGUGCCAUAUUUUACACAUUUCUGUUGAAAUGCUGAGUAUUAAUCUGCUAGUAGAUCACGUCUACACGUGGUAAUGGUCUGUUUUUUAUUCUUUAAUUCUAAUGCCUAGUUCACACUACACGAUUUUUACCCUGAUUUUUGCUCGCUGACUGGCCAGCGCUAGAUUUACCGGCUCGGGAGCAACUCGGCAUUCACUCGGCGAUUGAAACUCGGCUCUCAAUCCAUAUGUGUGAACUGCUCAACAACUCGACCGAAGAGAGAUUUCUAGCUUGUCAAAUAUCUGGAUCUGAGUUGCCCGACUGGCAAUGAGUGCGGUGACGAACAGCCAAUGAGAACACAAGAUACGGUGUGAGGGGAAACGCAGGGGAGAAGUGUAAAAAGGUGGUACAGGGGCGUAAUAUAGUUUAUAUCAGAAUACAUCGACACACACACACGUUAUACAGUAUUUCUGACCUUAUCGUUCUCUACAAAACGUAACACCCACGCUGCAUUGCAAAAAAUAUUUUAAUAAUUAUUUUAAUAAUAUAUUAACGUCCAACUCAAUAUAGGACAAUCCAUGCUGUUCAUAUUUUUGCUACUUGAUUUUACGCUGCACAUCAGCCCACAAACUUUGAUCGCUCGCUACUUGUAGACGUGUAUUUUUGGACGUGUUAUCAUUAAACCCCUCGUCACUUCUCGCGUUUGAUUCGUGACAGAACGUAGUUUGGGAGACCGGAGAAGCUCGCCUGCGAUUCCAGUUGGUGAUAGAUGGUGUAGUGUGUGACCCCCUAUCACCGAUCAGUCGUGUAGUGUGAAAGCCACACCGACUUGAAAGACUCCCGAUUACAAGAGAUCCAGUCGUGUAGUGUGAACUUGGCAUAACUGUCAGUAAUUUGCUCAUCAUUACCAGCAGAGCCAAACGUUCUUAGUUUAGCUAGAAUCAGUGUAUUAAAGAGCAGAUGAUGAUUUUUAUUUUUUUGAUCCUAUAGCAUUGAAAUAAUGAGACGCACAACGGUCGUGGAAGCUAGCGAGGAAGCUAACAGUUGUGUUUGUAUUUCAUGUUUGUCAUGUUAAGCUCAAUAAGCUCUAACCAGCUUUGAUUAUAAAGCCACUGUGUAUCAAUGACAUGGGCCAAUAGCGUAAGAGCAACUGGCUGCCACUUCUUACUGCAGUGAUAGUUUCUAUAUAAGAGAGUAAAAAUAGAUUCUGUUCGUCUCUCCUGCUUUGCUGUAAAACAGACUUUGGUUUUUACUGAACGUGAACACAGAUGGUUUAUAAUGAUUAAGGGUGUGUACAUUUUAGUACAUGAUUUCGUUUUGUACAUAUGAUAAAAGAAACUAUUUUUACUGAA